AUGUAUCCUCUCCUACAUAUGCGACGAAUUGAACGAUCACCACAUGAUCAAUGGAAAAAACAUUAUUUUACAUUUAAUACAGUUCUAUUUGAUGACGGUGGGGAUGGUGAUGAUGAUGAUGAUACAGAUCGUUCAAUUCGAACACAUCGAACAUCAUUUUAUCGUACGACAUUAACAAGUCAAUCAUCAAGUCAUCAUGACCAUUUAACGCCUAAAACAAGUCAUGAAAAUCAUUCAACAAGAAAUAAAACUCGUAAUUGUUUAUUAUCAAAAAUUCUUCUUGUCUUCAAUCAUGUAAUUCAACAUCAUUACUAG